AUGUUAAUAGAAAAUGAGGCUGAUGUUGAUAAGUGUGAUGAUUCUGGAACCUCACCUCUGUUGGCAGCGUGUAAGGAAGGACAUAGGGAAGUAUUACAAAUGUUAAUAAACAAUAAAUCUGACAUUAAUAAGUUUAAUGAUGAUGAAGUAACACCUCUAUCUUUGGCUUCGCAGAAUGGACAUACUGAGAUCGUACAGAUGUUAAUAGAUAAUAAGGCUGAUAUAAAUAGGUGUGCAGUCAAUGGAUUAUCACCUCUGCACUUUGCUUGUGUGAACGGAUAUAUUGAAGUCGUACAAAUGUUAAUAAUUAAUAGGGCUGGUAUUGAUAAAUGUCAAGAUAUUGGAGCAUUAACUCUGUGUGCUGCUUGUUACAAAGGACAUACUGAAGUAGUACAUACAUUAAUAAUUAAUAAGGCUGACAUUAAUAAGUGUGUAGAUACUGGAGCAUCUCCUCUGUCCAUUGCUUGUGAAGAAGGACAUACUGAAAUAGUACGUAUGUUAAUAGAAAAUGAGGCUGACAUUAAUAAGUGUAAUGAUUCUGGAAUGUCACCUCUGUUCACUGCCUGCCAUGAAGGACAUACUGAAGUUGUACAGAAGUUAGUAAAAAAUAAGGCUGAGAUUAAUAAGUGUCCAGAUAUAGGAGCAUCACCUCUGUUCGCUGCUUGUAAGAGAGGACAUACUGAAGUAGUCCAGGUAUUUAUAGAACAUGAGGCUGAUAUUGAUAAGUGUACAGAUACUGGAACAUCACCUUUGCUCAUUGCUUGUCAGGAAGGACAUACUGAAGUCGUACACAUGUUAAUAGAAAAUAAGGCUGACAUUAAUAAGUGUCAAGAUAAUGGAGCCUCACCUUCUUCUCAUUGCUUGUUUGAUAGGAAAUACUGA